AUGAAGCCACACACUUUCCUAGGUGGCAUUGAGCCGUUGAAGGCAGAAACAUGGUUACUUGAGAUGGAAAAAUUGUUUGAGGUCUUUCCUUGCUCUAAGACUCAAAAGGUUCUUUUGGCCACCUAUACCUUAAAGGAUGAAGCCCGUACAUGGUGGUUGCUAGUUCGAAGUAGUAAUGAGAACACGACAUGGGCUCAAUUUAAUACAAUUUUCUAUGACAAGUACUUUUUGCAAUGCUUUCGGGACCGAAAGGUUUCAGAAUUUCAAGAACUCAAGCAAGGCAGAAUGUCUGUAUCUGAUUACGAGGCUAAGUUUACUGAGUUAGCCAGAUUUGCUCCUCACAUGGUGAACACAGACUAUAAGAAAGCCCGCAAAUUUGAGGGUGGAUUGGAUUUGGAUAUACUAGAUCGGGUAGGAGUCCUCAGCCUACCUACGUAUGUGAAUGUAUUAGAUAGAGCAUUGAUGGCGGAAACCAUCUUGGCAGCAAAGAAACAAGCUCUUGUCCCAACAAGUGAAUGGAGGGGCAAAAGAUUCGGGUCUAAUUUCAAAAGAGGUCGGUCAUUCUCAAAUAAGCAAAAUACGGGAUCUUACAGUAGCUCAAGCCAAAGUAGUGGAUCUGUACCAACUUGCUUAGAAUGUGGUAGGAAACACAAGGGUGUUUGUUAUCGAGCAUCAAGUGCCUAUUUCAUGUGUGGUAAAAUUGGCCAUGUGAUGAGAGAUUGUCCUAUCAGGCUCGAAAAUACCAAUCACCCUGCAACAAGUUCAGCUAGAUCCACUUCGGCAUCAAGAAUAAACACAAAAGCUAACACCGAGAAGGAAACCUUAAGACAGGGUCGAGUAUUUGCUCUUGUGCCUGGUGAUGUACAGAACACCGAAUCCGUGGUGUCAAGUAUAAUUUCUAUCUGUGCUCAGAAUGCUUAUGUGCCGAUUGAUUCAGAAUCUUCGGAUGGUACUAAAGUGGAAACAAUACCCAUAGUCCAUGAAUUUCCUGAUGUAUUUCCUAUUGGCCUACCCGGGGACUUAAUUGAUAGGGAAAUUAAGUUUACUAUUGAUGUAGUACCUGGAACAUAA